AUGUUUCAUUUCAUUUCUCAUCUCCUGGAUCACAUUUUUGCUUCUUGGGCUCUCUGCAGUGAUCGGAGCCCCUGCCUGACACUGCCCGUGCCCAGCGCCGCCCGUGGAGGAGACGCCCACCUGCAGGGGACAAGCCGACCAACCCACACGGAGCCGGAGAAGCUGCGGUCCGAGCCCUGGAACCUGACCGCCACCAUCGCCACUCCCCACCACGGAGUCUACUCUCGGGAGGAAGAGCUCCUUCGGGAACGGAAGCGCCUGGGGGUCUUUGGCAUCACCUCCUACGACUUCCACAGCGAGAGCGGCCUCUUCCUCUUCCAGGCCAGCAACAGCCUCUUCCACUGUCGGGACGGGGGCAAGAACGGCUUCAUGGUGUCCCCCAUGAAGCCCCUGGAAAUCAAGACCCAGUGCACCGGGCCCCGCAUGGACCCCAAGAUCUGCCCUGCCGACCCCGCCUUCUUCUCCUUCAUCAACAACAACGACCUGUGGGUGGCCAACAUUGAGACAGGCGAGGAACGGCGGCUGACCUUCUGCCAUAGAGUGCGGGGGUAUCUUGUCCCCUCCAGUGUUCAGUCAAGCAAGAUCCACCUUCUCUGGAUCGUGGCGACCCAAGAGAAGGAGCUGGCACAACCCUUCAGCACGCUCUUCCCCAGGGUGGAGUACAUCGCCAGGGCCGGGUGGACCCGGGACGGCAAAUAUCGUUCUCGCUCCGUGUUGAGAUUCAGCUUCUCUACUUACGGUCUGCGUGCCUGGAGUCCCAGGGAGCAGAAGGAUACCCGCAGCGGGUAUGCGGGGGUCCUCACGCAGAUGGCAUCUCGGCCUCGGGACGGGGUGGGGAAGCAGCGUGGGCUGAGAGCCAGCCAGAGCCCCUCCGGCACCCCACCCCCGGCCACGGCGGACGCUGGGCUGGGUGGUCCUCAGCGGGACGUCUGGGCACGCCAGCUCUCCCUCCCACCCCGUGCGGCCCGCCUGGUCCCCAGCUCGCGCUUACCAUCGCGUGGCUCGUGCCUGCUAGGCGGCCGUUGGGUAGCCGAGAAGGCGAGACCUCGGUCACCUUGGACCAGAAGCCAUGAGUUCUUGAAAGUUGCCAUCGGGGCGCCUGGGGAAGAGGAGGGAAGGUCAGGAGCCUGGGGCGCCAGCCAGAAGUGGGAUGCCGGCUGGGGCAGCGUGUCCAGGCCGUGCGAGGGGCCCUUCGCGGCAGAGGGUCCCGCGAGAGAGGGCCGAGCAGGUGUGGUGGGCGGCCCCUCCACGGAGAAGUGUGGCCUUGAACCCGGAAGGCUGAGAGGACGCGGCAGCCGGGAGGGCGGCGCAUGGCCAGCUGUCAGCGGGUGCGCCGGGUCCUUCCCCAAGGGGCGGGGCUCCAACGGCGGCCACGAGAGCUUCCACUCCCCGCCCUGCACCCGCUCCCUGCAGGCCCGACGCCGGACGGGCUCCGAUGAAUUUAAGUGCCCCAUCAAGGAGGAGAUCGCGCUGACUAGCGGCGAGUGGGAGGUUUUGGCAAGGCACGGCUCCAAGAUCUGGGUCAACGAGGAGACGAAGCUGGUGUACUUCCAAGGUACGAAGGACACGCCCCUGGAGCACCACCUGUACGUGGUCAGCUAUGAGUCGGCGGGCGAGAUCGUGCGCCUCACCACACCCGGCUUCUCCCACAGCUGCUCCAUGAGCCAGAACUUCGACAUGUUCAUCAGCCACUACAGCAGCGUGGGCACGCCGCCCUGCGUGCACGUCUAUAAGCUGAGCGGCCCCGACGACGACCCUCUGCACAAGCAGCCCCGGUUCUGGGCCAGCAUGAUGGAGGCGGCCAGCUGCCCCCCGGAUUACGUGCCCCCCGAAAUCUUCCAUUUCCACACGCGGUCGGACGUGCGGCUCUACGGCAUGAUCUACAAGCCACACGCCGUGCAGCCAGGAAAGAAGCACCCCACUGUCCUCUUUGUAUAUGGAGGCCCCCAGGUGCAGCUGGUAAACAACUCCUUCAAAGGCAUCAAGUAUUUGCGGCUCAACACGCUGGCAUCCCUGGGCUAUGCCGUGGUCGUGAUCGAUGGCAGGGGCUCGUGUCAGCGGGGGCUUCGGUUCGAAGGAGCCCUGAAAAACCAAAUGGUAACAUCUCUUCGCGGUCUCUCCGGGCCUUUCUGCGUGGUGAGGGGAGCCCUGGGGUGUGGGGGCGGCCCCGGAGCCCCUCCCUGA